AAUCGCCUAAGCAUAACCACGACAGGUUUUUUGAGCUUUCAAUAAACGGAGAAAAAUGCAAUUUUCCCCCCACAUAGAAAAACCAAGGGCUUGAUUGAUUGAGAGGCCGCCCCAACCCCACGCUUCUCCUCCCCUCCCAAUCAAUCUCCGUCACCGCCGCUCGCCGCUGCGCUCGCCUACUCCGCUGCUGUGCGGCGAGGACCGGAGGAAGAGGAGGAGGCGCAAGGGCAGGAACGGGCUGUCACUGGAUCUGGUGGAGUCGCCGCGCGCCAACCCGUGAUUGAUCAUGAGCUCGAGAAGCCUGGCGCGAACCCCGGUGUCCUGUAGUGCUAUAAAUGGAUGCUUUACCGACAUUCCCUGUCGUACAAGGAACUACUAUCAGUGUUCUCGUACCACUAAUUUGCAAAGUUUGCAAGUAGGCCAGACGCUUUUAACUCGCAAAUUAAGGAAAUCUACUCGGUGGAAGACAACCUUUUUCACCGAGAGGAAGAUUGUGUCACAAUGUUCAUCAGACCUUAGUACCUCCUGCAGAGCGGAAGUGCCCAACAAUUUAGCAGUCAAUGUUCUGCAAGACCAAUCAAAUACAAGACAGGGAGCUAUUCGUAAAGUUUUUGUCAUCUUGAAUCCUAAUUCUGGAUUCCGAAGCUCUCGGGAUGUUUUCUACAAGAAAGUUCAAACGAAUUUGAAGCUUUCAGGCUUCGUGAUGGAAGUUGUUGAAACAGCGUAUGCUGGUCAUGCAAAGGUUCUUGCUUCUACUGUUGACAUCAACAAAUGCCCUGAUGGUAUUAUAUGUGUUGGUGGCGAUGGAAUCGUAAAUGAGGUUUUGAAUGGUUUACUUGGUAGAGAUGAUUUUAAAGUGGCGAUGCGACUUCCCAUUGGGAUAGUACCUGCUGGUUCUGAUAAUUCAUUGGUGUGGACUGUUCUUGGCAUCAGGGAUCCUGUUUCUGCUGCAAUUGCUUUAGCUAAGGGUGGUUUCACACCAAUAGAUGUAUUUGCCGUAAAAUGGAUCCAAGCUGGAAUCACUCAUUUCGGUCUGACAGCUUCAUACUACGGUUUUGUGGCUGAUGUUGUACAACUGUCUGAAAGCUUCCGCCUGCAGCUUGGCCCCUUCCGUUAUGUCGUCGCUGGCCUUCUGAAAUUUCUGUCAUUACCUCAAUACAGAUUUGAGGUGGACUAUAUCCCUUUAUCACCAGAGAGAAAUCCUGAAUUGAAACCACUGGCUGAAAAAUGUCAUGGGCAGCUUUCUGAUGGUGGCGAGGUUAGGCGAGGUAUGCAAAUUGAUGAUAGGAUUGAAGAUAAUUGGAUUACCAAGAAAGGAGAGUUUCUUGGCAUUUUGGUCUGCAAUCACUAUUGUAAGCCUGCUCAGGGGUUACUUUCUCCAGUUAUUGCACCAAAAGCCCAGCAUGAUGAUGGCAGCCUGGACUUGAUUCUUGUCCAUGGAAGGGGUAGACUCAGACUAUUUUGCUUCUUUGUUGCCUAUCAGUUUUGCUGGCAUCUUUUACUCCCUUUUGUGGAAUAUGUCAAGGUAAAACAAGUAAAGAUUAGGCCGAUUGGUAAUACCCACAAUGGGUGUGGUGUCGAUGGGGAGCUUCUUCGUGCAGAGGGCCAAGCUGAAUGGCAGUGCUCGUUGCUUCCAGCCCAAGGGCGGUUGCUCGGCCGGCAUUCCAAAACUUAAGAAGUAGCCAUCUAACCAGCCAGCAGUCAUGCUUGUUCCGAGCAAUACUGCCAUUGUUGACUGAAUGGAAAGCGAAAGAAUGAUACACAGUAAAUGUAUCUUCUGCUUGUUUUCACCUAUUUAUUGUGAGCUUGUAAACCAGUCGAUAGCUUCCAGGCUUGGUAGUCUCCCUCUUGUUGACCACGUGUAUAUUUUGACUAAAUGUCUAUUUUUGACUUACAUUGUAAUGCAAAUGAAAAUGGGAAUGAAAAUUUAUCUAUAGUUUUCCCAUUA